CAAAGCCGGAAGUUGGAGAAAUUACAGUUUGAAAUCAUGGCGCUUGAUGUAAAGUCCAGAGCAAAAAUAUAUGAAAAACUCGAUUUUCUACGAGAGGGUCAGUUUGCCACUGUGUACAAGGCCAGGGACAAGACCAACGACACGAUAGUUGCCAUCAAGCAGAUCAAAGUUGGACACAGAGCAGAGGCUAAAGAUGGCAUCAACAGGAAAGCCCUACGAGAGAUUAAACUACUGCAGGAGUUAAGUCACCCAAACAUUAUCGGGUUCCUUGAUAUAUUUGGGCACAAAUCCAACAUCAGCUUGGUGUUUGACUUCAUGGAGACAGACCUGCAGGUGAUCAUUAAAGAUACCAGUCUGGUUGUGACUCCAGACAACAUCAAAGCCUUCAUAGUGAUGACUACAGCGCCUGGAGUACAUGCACCACCACUAGGUCCUGCACAGGGUGGUGGUGUUCGGUGCCAGGAUGUAUGGGGUGGGCGUCGACAUGUGGGCCGUGGGCUGCAUCCUUGCAGAGCUCCUCCUACGGUUACCAUUCCUAACAGGAGACUCAGGUCUGGACCAGCUGAGUAAGAUCUUUGAAGCUCCUACAGAUGACACCUGGCCUGUGAGUUUUGAAUUGUUUUCUGGUACUCCUCUGGAACACGUCUUCAGUGCUGCAGGAAACAACCUCUUAGAAUGACUUCAGGGACUAUUCACCUUCAACCCCUCCACACGCCUUACAGCUACACAGGCAUGCUAGUAAGCUAUGGCACUUAGUAUCUUUCACAAGUUACUUAGUUUCUCGCUGGGUUGUAUAACCUGUUUUUAGCGACUGUAAUGUGAUACACAGUUCAGCACACACACAGGGGGUCCCUGGGUCCUGUGUGGGAGGGUGACCUGGCAUACAUAUAUAUUAUUCCAGCUGCUGUGUGGCUUUGUCAGCCUGUCCCUCCUGCUGUUCAGUUCAGUUCUGUUUCAGAACUACCUCAGGCUAUAGGAACCCCUGAUGCCCCUGUCGACCUCCCUUCUCUUUGGCUGCUCUCUGGAAGCGUCCUAAAUGGCACCCUAUUCCCUAUUUAGUGUACUACGUUUGACCAGAGCUUAAAGCAGUGCACUAAAUAGGGAGGCAUUUGGGAUGAAGUUGGUCUCUGUUUAUUCAGUGCUGUUUCUCCCAGCUCUACCCCCCCUCU